UUCGUAAUCCGAAACCAAUUCUUCAGACGAUGUGAGGUCCCUACUAAAUCAAAGUAUCAUUUACUGGAAAAAGAAAACAUUCGUGAAGAGCUUAUCUCUUUCCUAGAAACCCCUUUGAAGGAAUAUAUUCAAGGGCUUCUUGAUGAAUUUAAAGGAUCAAAGGGAGGAAAUAUACCAGAAAUAAGGAAUAGAUGCCUUUCAGUUUUAUCACAAAUGUCUCCAGAAAUGAACUCAACAAAUGAAAUUCCCCAGAUUGUGAAAGAAUUUCUGUUUCAAAAACCUGGUAUACGUGGUUUUGGUAUCCUGGAUUUAUCAAACUUAAGGGUAUUCAUAGAAAAUAUUGCAGAAAUCGAGUCGCUGAAAUCUGAAUUAUAUCUCAAAAUCGUAUGCGAUAAAAUAAAAAUUCAAAAUUAUGUAGAACAAGGAGAUAAAAUUUAUUUAAAUAAGAAAACUGACAAUACACAAUUUUCCUAUGCCACGGUUGGUGCUCUACUGAAAGACGAUGGCGAAGGCGAAGUCUAUGGAUUAACUUGUCAUCAUGCUUUAACUCAAGAGAAACAACAAGUGUACACUUUAUCUCCAGACACUUCCAAACUCUCAAAAGUCGGUGAAUGCAUUUAUUCAGAUGAAAAACCUCUCCACGAUUUUGCAGUUUUCCAAAUAGAUAAAGGCAAAGAAAGACACUGCAAUACGACCUUUUUGAAUAGAAUGGAAGAUCCAUGCAACGUUAAUAUUCACCAAGGACUCGUACCGUCAAACGCUGUCGUACAUAAAAAGGGAGCCACGUCUAACUUUACUGAUGGUCGGAUAUUGAGCCCAGAGUUUUAUUAUAAGCUGUUGGGGGAUGAACAAGAAAAAUUCCCUUUUUUAUUCCUAGUCUCCAGUUUAGACUCAGGUGAUCACCCAUUCUCUGCUGAAGGCGAUUCUGGCUCGGUGGUUUUCCAUCACGACAGUUCCCUUGACCAGACGUCAGUGUCAGCCCUGGGGCUCGUCACCGGGAGGAUAAUUGACGUCCGAGACGAGAGUUCGACCGAGGCUCUAAAUGCCACAGUUUGCUUCAGACUAAAUACAGCGCUUUCUCGCCUUUCAGAGAAGAAGCAAUGGAACUUAAAAUUCGAAGACUCUCGUUGA